AUGACUUGUCAAAAGUGUCGGGAUGCAGACAGACUUAGUACUGCUGCUCGGAGGAAGAGGAAGCGAGAACAAGAACAGGAACAAGAAGCUCCCCGUCCUGCUCCAUCUCCUCCUGCCGGCAAUAUAGACGAAGGCACAAGUCAAGCAGCAGACCCAGAGUCCAAUGAUGAAUCCACCCUAGUCAGUAUUCAAGAUGGAUUCAAGGAAAAGGCCCUACGAACCUCGUUUAAAAGCUCAAAUGAUGUCCAAUUUCAUGGAAGUUACCUUGUACCUGAGGAUCCAAUCACAAGUGAAAAAGAGAGGGUCCAAAUGGCAGCACUUGAGGUCUGGAGGACAACCGGAUAUCGUUUCAGGGUACAACACAACUACCCCCUCAAGACAGGACACAAGACAAUUCUAUGGUGUUGUCAAGAUGAGGACAAGAAACAGAAAUUCCGGCCAAGCCAGAAGGAAGGUGUCAAACACCGUGAUACAAUUGGAAUGAAAAUGGGUAACCAAAUUAACGCGCGCACAUUAUCCAUUAGGAUGAGGCAUCAUGACGCACAUGUGCCUUACUACGAUGUGGCUAUGCCAUCAGAUGCGACCCAGAUUAUCCGUGACCAGCUCGAGUGGAGUAGUCCGAGCUCAUUGGCCCCGAAGAUCCAGGCACUUUAUCCUCGUAUCACAGCAUCACAGAUGAGCGAAAUACUCUGGAAAAAAGAUUCAGAUCAGCUUACCUCAGCAAAGAUGCUGUUGGACGAAUUUGGUCGAGAUAUUGAUGUCUUUGAUGUAGAAUUGGCGGAUGGCGUGGAGCAACUAUGUUGGGGGAUGAAAAAGAUAACCCAGCGGCUAGAAGGGAAGGUGGUCGAGAUUGGCCUUGAUGCGACAUACAACACAAAUGCUAAACACCUAGAACUGUAUAGCGUGCUCGGUGAAUUUGAUAAUGCUGGCUUUCCAUUAUCAUAUUGCUUGCUUUCGACUGCAACUGCAAUCGAAAUUGGGAAACGAACAACAGCACUGCGACAAUGGACAACUUACCUUCGAGACAAGUAUGGCAUCAUUCCACGAUUUGUUCAUGUCAAUAAAGACAUGGCCGAAAUCAGCAUGUCCAAAUCUCCUGCUCGUGCAAACCACGAGUUUCCCUUCAUCGACAUCUCAUUCGCACCCGCAGGUACUGCAGACACUGGAGAAUUCGAGGGUGGUGUCCUUCUCGAACCCGAUGAAAUCCACCCUGAGGAUGAGGCCGUGCCAUCACUGUCAAUUUGCAUCCCAAACCUGUCUCAGCUCCAUUCCAGCAGAGAUUCGGAGCCUAAUGAUGUUGAUUCAGUGGAUGAUGAAAUCAAUACCAACAGAAAUCCGCUAACAAUCAAAAUCAAGAUACCAAAGAAAGGUCUUGAAGAACGAUCAGCAGACAUUCAUUCCAGAGUAUUUUGUCCCACUCACCUUCGCGAAACGGUAAUUGCACUGAUCGAGCACCACUUUUGUGCCCAUCCACUAAUACCGGGCUACUCGCAUCCAAGCGCUGUUGGCAUCCAUCAGUGGGCGGUCAAACAGAUGUAUACAUUUUGCAAAGAAAACAAUCUUUGCGAGGUUUGGGCUUACCUAUGGGAGAAUUGGUAUCGACGUGGCCGGUGGGAGCUUUGGGCACAAGCAGUUGCACCAAUGGAGGUACCGAGACUAAAGACGACUAUGAUAAUGGAAAGCCACUGGCGUCGAAUCAAGGUUGACUAUUUGUACCAUUUUUCGAAGCCUCGUAUCGAUCUUCUGGCAUGGAUUUUAGUCACCAAGCUCGCACCAUCAUACUCCAAAAAAUUAGAUCACUUACUCCACGACACUGGCCGUUUUCGGGAAUUGUCGUCAUGGCGCAAAUCAUUCAAAAGCGAAUGGCAACGAGCGCUCGAGACACCGAUAACAAUGCCCAUGAAUGCAAAAUAUCGCCCCGAUGUUGGAAAGUGGAUGUGCACCUGCCCGCACUUCGUCAAGAGCUGGUUCCUUGUCUGCAAACAUCUAGUGCAAGACGUGCAUAUACAGACAUUGCAAUACUCGGUGAGAGGAGGGGAGGACGCCCACGAGAACCCAACUGGAGUAGAGGGAAAUAUAUUUGAUAGGGAAAAUGAAGAAGUGGAAGAUGAGUUUGUGGAUACAGCGGCCGGACGGAUGGAUACACGCACCUUUCAAGAACGCUUCGAGGCACACAUCAAAAACCUCCGUGAUUUUUGUGAUGGUCUCCAGUAUCAAAUCCAGUUCAACGAUCACAGGAUGCUCAAUGCCAUCGAGCGUGAGGGUGCAUCAUUCAUCCGCCUGAUGGAGAAUUGCCUUGGUUGA